AUGGGUAAAGGAACGGACAAGCUUUACAUCACACACUCCGAGUGGGCAUCAGAAGAUGCAUUCUCAGCCAGCGCAGGCGCUGGUGUUGCCAAAGCUCGACAAGGAGGCUCUCAUGCGACAUUCAAGCGUCUACCGUUCAAUUUUUGCUCUCUCUCCCUCCAGCCGUUUUCUCACCCGGUCUGCACUCAAACGGGAACGAUCUUCGACCUGACCAACAUAUUGCCAUGGAUCAAAAAACAUGGAACGAAUCCGGUAGAUGGAUCGCCGCUGAAGGGCUCCGACUUGAUCAAGCUCACCAUCGCGAAGAACGAGGACGGCGAAUACGUUGAUCCCGUGACGUACAAGGUCCUGACGGACAACACGCACAUUGUCGCAUUGCGCAACACGGGCAAUGUCUUUGCCUGGGAUACCGUAGAGCGGUUGAAUAUCAAGGGGAAAAUGUUGCGCGAUCUCGUCACGGAUGAGGAGUUUACUCGCAAAGAUAUCAUCACCCUGCAGGACCCGCAAAAUGUCGAGUCGCGCAAUCUCAGCUCAUUCAACUACCUCAAAGAAGGCGAAACGGAGAUUCCUGGACAGAGUCAACCUGCAGGAAGUGUCAAUGCCAAUGCGCUGGGUAGUUCCGCGAAGAUCUUGAAGGCAAAGGAGGCGGUGGCCAAGGCGCGCACAGAACGGGCCCAGCAACAAGCCGGUUCAGCUGCUUCGAAAGCAGUAUCUAAAGCUGACGCUUUCGGAACGACGGUCUCCAAGUUGGGGGCGACUCAAACUGGAAAACCCACUCCCUAUAACGCCGCACGGUUCACGACUGGCAAAGCCGCGGCUUCGUUCACAAGCACUGGGUUGACGCCUCAUACAUCGGCCGAGCUGGCGCUCCUAUCAGAAGAAGAGUACAUGCUAAAGCGAGGAAGGGUAAAGGCCAAGGGCUAUGCGCGGAUCGAUACCACUGCGGGGCAUCUUAAUGUGGAGUUAUAUGCGGAAUAUGCUCCCAAGGCCGUCUGGAAUUUUAUUCAGCUGGCGAAGAAAGGCUACUACAAGGAUGUCACCUUUCACCGAAACAUCAAGGGCUUUAUGAUCCAAGGUGGAGAUCCUACUGGUACGGGCAGAGGCGGCGAAAGUAUUUGGGGCAAGUACUUUGCCGAUGAGUUUGAGGGUCCAUUGAAACAUGACGGACGCGGCACGCUCAGUAUGGCGAACAAGGGCAAGAACACAAAUAGCAGUCAAUUCUUCUUCGCCUAUCGAGCUUUGCCUCACCUUGACCGCAAGCACACUGUCUUCGGCCGACUGAUUGAUGAUCCUUCUCCCUCAUCUACUACUCUCAACGCCCUCGAGACACACCCCGUGGAAGCAAAUACCAAUCGACCCACCCCCGAAGUCCGUAUCAAGAAUGUGACCGUCUUCGUGGAUCCCUUCGAGGACUUUUUAAAUCAGAAGCGUGCGGAAGGAACCCAAGAAAUUGAUGCCGAAGACGCCGAUGGCGAUGGGACUAGUCGACGUGUGGACGACGACCGUGUUACUUGGACGGGGAAGCGAGUCCGGGGUGCUGGCGCAGAUUCCAGUGCAGAGGGCCAAGGCGGUGUUGGUAAAUAUCUAAAAGCCGCACUGGCUGACCGGGGCGGCGAGGAAGAUGAGAUUGUGGAAUAUGUGGACGAGGAACCCGAGCCUGAACCGGUACGCAAGAAGGCCAAGGGAACAGGCGGCUUCGGAGACUUUAGUUCGUGGUAA